UCUGAUUAAGUCUGGGACAGAAACUCAUUCUCUUUCACUGGAUCAAGAGCAAACUAGAGAAAGAGAAAGCUUGAGAAAGAACCGUACAUGCCCUUUGACCGUAAUUUACAACAUAAUUGAGUGAGUGUUUGGUGUUUGUGUGCCAGAAUGUGGCCAUGUUACUAAGUACAUGUUACUAUUCAACCGGUAGUCCAAACGGCGGACGUUUUACAUGCAUCUCUUACCUGAGGAAAACGCAUGCGGUCUUGAGAAGAAGAAACAUAUGACUGAAGGUGCAGUGAAAUAGAAGAUGCUUUUCAGUGCCUAUAAUGACUGACACACGAUUCCCCUCAAGACACUCAAGUCAUGACUUGAACUCGACUACAGUUCAACGUUUCCAGCUUGUGUACGUCAGAAUGAAAUUUGCUUUCUCAUGACACAGGACACAGUGUAAGAGAAAUCAUCUACCCAUCUAUGAUCUAUCAGUCUAUGACAAGGAAAAGUGCAGUUUUUGGUCUUUUGACUGUCGUUGGUCGUCAUGAAGAGGAUCCAGAUGUCGCCUGUAAUACGGUUUAGCUCCUCCCACUCACUGACAAGAUGAUGGCGUCUGUGGUCUCCGGUAGCAGAGGGCAGACCCUAAGUCUUAGCGGUGUAGAUCCUGAAACAUGUAUGAUUGUCUUCAAAAAUCACUGGGCACAGGUUUUGCGUAUUCUAGAAAAGCACGAGCUGACCUGCAACGGUGGCCGUCUCCGCUCACGACAGAUCUCUGUCGACGAAGCGAGCGCUGUGCAGAACUAUGUGGAGCACAUGCUGUUCCUCCUGACAGAGGAGGAGUGCGGUGUGGGCGGAGCCAUAGGCCCCAUUCUGGAGUUUGUGCUGCUGGAGAACGUGAUGGAGCGCCUGUUCGUGUGGAGCCUCCGGCGUGACUUUACGGAAUCAGCGAAGCUGGAGCAGCUGUGUAUGUACGAGAUGCUGGUGUCCCGGGCGCGGCAGCCCCUGCUCCACCACAAGCCCAUCCUGUGUCCGUUUGUCAUGCUGCUCUCCUCCUGCGGCUCCAGCUCCAGCUCGGCGGCGGUGGAAGCCGAGUUGGUACGACUGCUGCACCGGCUGUGUUGUAUGCUUGCACGUGAUGACACCGCCCUCCAGCUCUUCCUCUUCCAAAGUGGGCAGGAUCAAGGAUCCGCCAACUUCCUGCUCUUUUCACUGCUCUUGCCUUUCGUGCAUCGUGACGGGCCGGUAGGUGUGCAGGCUCGGGAUGCGCUCGCUCUCAUCAUGGCGUUGUCAAUGCGUGACAUCACUGUGGCCAAUCACAUCACCCAGAACACCUACUUCUGCCCGGUCUUGGCCACAGGGUUGAGCGGUCUGUAUUCCUGGCUUCCGGCUAAGCUUGAGGUCUACGGUGAAGGAUGGCACUGUUUAGAGGAAGCCGAUUGGAUGAAGGUUCCAUCACUCGUCCAGCUCCUCAACUCUCUACAGUUCUGUAGCUCCGUGUGUAAGGUUGCCCAUCACUCUGUCAGAGAUCAGCUGCUAGGGUACAUCUAUAACGGUUUCCUUGUGCCAGUCCUGGCUCCUGCCUUACACAAGUUGACUUUGGAAGAAGUGGUGACAACAACGGCGUAUCUGGACCUCUUUUUGCGGCAUAUCUCCGACCCCACCCUUCUCCAGACCUUCCUCAUUUUUAUCCUCAAGCAUCGCCAUGACAACGUCAACAUUCUCGAUACUCUCGUCAGCAGAAUCAACACUCCUUUUCAGUUGGGAACGGUGUCUCUGGCUCUGUUUCGCACUCUGAUUGGUCUGUACUGUGAGGACGUCAUGCUGCAGCUCAUACUCAGGUAUCUGAUUCCGUGCUCUCACCUGCAGUCCAACGGACGUUGUAGACUCAGAGAGCGAGACUGCUACUCUUCCAGCGCUGCAGCUUUUCUCUCUCUCACUCCCUUGUUCCUUAUGGCUGGACCCUGCACCUCCCCAACGCUGCCCCUUAAACCAGACUAUAUUCUCUGGUCAAAGGUCACUGAAGGGCUGUUAAUGGGCAACACUGGGUUUGAAGACCUUUUCCUGAGUGUGGACGCAUUCGGAAACUCCCGUUGGAUAAACUCUGAGCCUGUGAUGUACCAAAACUACCUCCAGUACCUGAGUGACGCACGCAGUAUCAUCAGCACCAGCGUGCAAGCCUGCCAGGUAUGGUCUGCCCCUUACGACGGACUCAAUCCCUCACCUGAUGACCACCAAGUAGAGGAGGAAGAGUUCGAGGAUAGAGACAGGGAUGAAAAUGAAUGUCCACGUCUCACUACUCCUACACUCCAGCCCCCAUCCAUGCACCACACUAGUUUGAGUCAGACCCCUGAGCUGGAGUGGGACGACAGUUAUGACGCUUCAACAGAUGGACAAGAAAACAAGAAUUUCCACUUGGUAGAACAUCCUCAACCUCCACAACACAUUCAGGACAUGCGCAAAAGUGCCAUCAUGCUGAUCCGUGGGUCUUACAUCGAAGAGUCAGAGUUCCAGGACGAUGUAUUGGUUUAUAAUCUGAUUGCGCAGAGGGACGCACGAGAGGAACAGGACGUCUCCUUAAGGAGUCCAAAUGGCAAAACGAACACACAAACUGAAAAGAACAACACACAGCUUUACACUAGCAGUAGUACACCGAGUGACAUCAGCAAUAAGGUACCUGACAAUCAGCAACCCGAAGAAGCUUCACUUCUUUUAAACGGACAUGCUGACGAGAAGAAUUUGGACCAAUCAAACGAUAUAUCCGCUCACGUCCACCAGAACAAGAGCACGGUUUUAGAAGAGCAAGUUUUUAGUGGGGAUGCGUCCAACGCUUCAUCUGUCGAACAUACCGCAGAUGAUUUUAUUUCCCAGUGCUUCCAGCACAUCGAAUGGGAUAACGAGAGCAUGCUGGGAGAUAACGUUUAUUCCCAGAGACUGACCAUGCUGUUGUAUGACGAAGAACCAGAAAUAGACUUUAAUUCGAUUUGCGCUAAUGAUGAAGCAGAUGGCGGCGAGAGAGACGAAGGAGAAGAACAGAGAGACAGUGAUGGAACGAAACGUGUCCCGUUUACAGGCCCUUUCAUCAGCGUUCUGCUCUCUCGCCUGGAGAAUAUGCUGGAGAAUUCGGUGGAGGUGAACCUGCUGGUGACGGGAAUCCUGGCUCAGCUGGCAGCGUAUCCACAGCCCCUGCUGCGCUGCUUCCUGCUCAACACACAAGACGUCUUCCAGACCAGCGUCCGCUCUCUCUACCAGGUGCUGGAUUCUGUGGGUUGCCAGAUUGAGCACUAUGCAUCCUCCAGGCCUGAGUUCCCUCAGAUGGUACGAGAUGUUGCUCAGUAUCUGCUGUUUAGAGAUGAAGCCUUAAAGGAUCGAGAGAGGGAUUUCCUGCAGGAAAACGGACUCGGUUGGGUCCUCGACGGCCACGUUUCCAGGCGGCUGCUAAAAUCUCUUCCUCAGUGUCCCAAGAUUCCUCCUCAGUCCAGGAACAGUGUUUUUGCUACAUUCCUUUAUGCCGAGUUCCUGAAAGAGCUUGGAGCCAUCGCGCAGGAACACUCCAUACGCCCAGACUAACUCAUGGAGGAGUGGGAAGAAUAAACAAAACCUCAGUGCAGUUUAAAUUCCUACAUCUCUUUCAAUUGCUGGGAAAAUGUUAUUUUUUUGUGUUAUUUAGAUGUUUCAUUUUAUUUUCUAUUUCAUUCCACCCCAAUUUUUCUAAAUCAUGUCAUGGAUCUUUAUCGGAUGAGUUUUUAAAGUGUAGCUCGUUGUCAACAGUCAUCUAAAUCAUCCAAGGUGCAAAUUAAAGGUGCAAUCUGUCAUUUUUUUAAAAUGUUCAUCUACAUAUAAUAAUCACAUCAUUUCACAGACGUGAUUCAGAUCCCUCAGAAAGAAUUUCAUUCUUAUUUUUUUCCUCUUCAUGUUUUUAUUUUAUUCAGCCCAUACAUUAGCUCUGCCCCCUGGAUGAAACAGUUACUCAGCUCCGCCCCUUUUCCCCAAGAGUCCACUCUAAAUGUAUAGAGAAAGGUUUGGUAGUGUUUUCAUUACAAACUUCAAAGUAUCUGUGGAGGAAAAAAAAACCCAAACCGCCCCUUUAAUGGCCUUAAUACUGUACACUGGUGAUGUCCAUGACAUGAGGUUGGGGUGGUGGAGUCUCUAAUUGAUGCUCUAAUUGAUUACUUUGUUUUUGUGUGUUGUGUGUAUUUAUAAAUGUACUUACACUAGUUCUGUCUGUGUGUAUUGUGUAUUUUUAUUUGUAAUAUUGUUGUAUGAUGUUCUGUGUAUUUUGGUUAGUAAAGCAGACAAAGAUGUU